AUGGCCAACAAUGCCAAUGAUGGAGCCUUUGGGUUGGAAGACGUGCCAGAUUUGCCUGAAGCACCCACGGAACAGCCCAAGUACAACCGGGAUUACCAUCGACUCUUCGUCAAAUUCAUGAGCUGGCUGCACAAGAGGACGUACACCAAGGCGGCUCGCUUCCAACCCAGUGCUUUGAGGGGCAUCCAACCACAUCACGUUGCCGACUACUUGAAAUGGCGUGCUGCCACAUGGAAUGGAACCUCCGGCAAUCCAACCAAGUCCGAUCCUGUGAACGAAGUGGUCAAGGAAGUCAAGAAAGCGGAGACUCAACACCGCGGCAAGAAGUCCUGUGCCACCAGGGAUUUGACGGAAACAGAGUAUCGCAAGGUGGUCCAUGAACUCUACGGCAAAGGGAGCUUUGAAUCGACCAUCCGUACAGCCUGCAUGUUGAAGCAGCAAGUCCAUCUCAUCACCAGGACGCGACGACAUCUCCAAGUUGAAGUAUUCCGACUACAAGCCGCAUCCAGACUUCCCUUUUGCGCUCAGUUGCAAGGUGAAUUGGUCCAAGAAUAUUUUGGAACGACAAUGCCCGACCAAAUCAUUCUUGGGUCGAUGGAUACCGACUUUUGUGCCAUGCUCGGAUUGGCGAAUUACAUGGAGGCGUCCUCAACUACGGGUAUGGCGCCGUGGUCGGGAAGAUGCAUUCUCUUUACUCCCGAAAGCAUCCCAAGUUGGCUCCCAAGCACUCAACGCAGCCUACCGCAACAUUCUCAAGGCUGUCUUUUUGUCGGCUCCAUUUCUGUGCUGUGGCGCUCCUCAUUGCCGGUGUUCUUGGGAGUCACAGCAUUCGGAAGUUUGCUGCAACUCUGGCAAGAGGGAUGGUGCUACCUGCUGACGAAGUUGACAUUCGAGGUCGCUGGAAGGCUCGCUUAUCUGGACGGGUUGUUGAUGCCUACAUUUGCCUGA